CGAUUGAACCCUCGUCGCAACCAGCUCGUUUUGUCAAGGCCCUUGGGACGGGAAUUUCCGACCCAGCUUCUAUCUACCCCCAUCCUCACCCCCAGAUCCGUCCACAAUGGCGUGCCGAAGCUGCAGAAAGCCCCUCGACCUCCUCCCCCUCCGGCCACUGUCCGUGAGCCACGCCGCACCAAGGAACCCCCCCAGAGCAACCCGCAGGGCCCUGCACGCGACAGCGGCGCCGCGCCUGCAGCAGCAGCCGCAGCCGCAGCCGGCGAGUGAGACGACGACGACGACGACUACGACAUCUUCGUCGAGGCUGCAGAAGUGGCUGAUCCGGCCCGUGGCGGACAGGCUGCGGACGACGGCGCGGAAGACGACGCACUCGUACAUGGUCUACGGCGCGACGGAGCACAUAUACAAGACGUGUGCGGCACAGGCCGACUACAAGAUCACCCAGGCGGACCGCAAGGCCGGCAAAGUGCAGCUGCUGCCGGAUGGCGAGGAGGUCGGCGUCGGAAGCGGGAUGUGGCAUGACGACUUCAAGCUCCUCCCGACAUUCAGCACGUGGUCCCAGGUGACGAUGCUGCACAUGUACCUGCUCGUGGUCCGGCUGCGGUGCCUUGACCGGGACGCGUACCAGACGUGGCAGUCGCAGCUGGUGGACCACUUCUUCCACGACGCCGAGGCCAAGAUGGAGGUGGCGCACGAGCUGACGUCGCGGGCGAUGCGGCAGCGGUACCUCAAGGACCUGUUCGUGCAGUGGCGGGGUCUGUUGCUUGCGUACGACGAGGGCCUCGUGCGCGGCGACGCCGUGCUCGCGUCCGCGCUGUGGAGGAACCUGUUCAAGGGCCGCGAGGACGUCGACGUGCGCGUCCUCGCCGCCGUCGUCAGCUGGAUGAGGCUGUCGCUCAGGAACCUCGACCAGAUGAAGGACGAGGCCAUCGUCACGAACGCCGUCAGCGCCUUCAAGUGGCCCGCAAAGUCGGAGCUGGCCCUAGUCGACCGCCCGGUGAAGGCGCUCGACGGCGUGUAUGGCGGGGCCCGGAAGGAGACGGCGAGCUCGCCGACGUAAGACGUGGGCUGGGGGAUAUGCGAGCACUGUAAUACCAAAAGCAAACUUAUAGGCCGGCCAGAUAAUGGCACCAACGGGCCUUGAGGAGUGGGCAAUCUCAAGUGUACAAAACCAGGAGAAAUUGCAUGUAAAAUCUAUUAUUAGACUAGAAGAACGGAACCGGGAGGGAGAGCCGGGGGUAUACACCAUAGACACACAACCAGAAUCAACUCUCACCACCAUCGCCACCAUCACCACCAUCACCAUCCACCCUCUCCCACAUCUCAAACUCAUACUCCGUCUCCCCCUCCAGCUGCACCCCCUCGGGCACGACCUCACCCACCCAC